CUGUCAGGUAUUUUGGUACUUACUCGCUGAAGAAAAUCCACCACGGUGGUUGUGUGCGUCCUAGAUUCUUGCCCUUAGAGUCAAUUCGUGCGCUCCUCGUCGUGGAUUCUUAACGGUAUUGCUAACAAUUUCCCUUCUGUGUACAAAUAUACACUUUUUUUAUUGAUUGCGAAGUGCAUUUCUACGUGUAGACUCAACCCGAAAAAAAUAUUUUACGACCUAAUUUUACUAUCAUUAUUUUCGCUUGCGUAUGUAGUUCUGGUGUGCUAGUCGUGAAAAAUUUAACUUUCGGCAACAUCACUAAGACUUGAGUACUAGACCAAUCGAACGAAGCUCCUGUGCGCCGUCAAGAGGAAGCGAAGUCCGAGCUUCGAAACGACCGGUAGUUUGGAGAAAAUGCAAACUUUAACUUUGCCACGCGGACGCGUCG